AUGUCGGAUGAUGAUUCGAGGGCCAGCACCAGCUCCUCCUCAUCUUCGUCCUCUAACCAGCAAACCGAGAAAGAAACAAACACCCUUAAGAUGGUGAGUAAAGUCAUCAUGAGCAAAAACUCCAAGUUCCUCUCUACCAGCACCAAGCAGUGCUGGUCCAAAGGAGUUAACAUCUAUGAAUGGCGAUCCAUCAUCCUAGGGCCUCCAGGGUCCAUGUAUGAAGGUGGUGUGUUCUUCCUCGAUAUCACUUUUACACCAGAGUAUCCCGUCAAGCCUCCAAAGGCCACAUUUCAGACAAGAGUCUAUCACUGCAAUAUUAACAGUCAAGGAGUAAUUUGCUUGGACAUGGUGAAAGACAAUUGGAAUCCAGCACUAACCAUUUCUAAGGCCCUCCUUUCUAUCUGCUCACUUCUUACAGACUGUAAUCCUGCUGACCCUUUCGUGGGAAGCACUGCCACUCAGUAG